UACAAUUCUACCAACAAUUCUGCGCAAGCCAACAGAAUUUCGCUAUUGCCGAGCGAAAAACGCAACGCAAUGUGACAGUCGGACACUCGCAGCAGCCUGCGCCUGGCGGAAACGAGACCGCCGCCACCGUCACCGCGACACGCGUGACAAGUCCAUGUCAAUUCAGUACAUUCAAAUCAACUACGCCGGGUAGUAGAAGAGCGAUGGCACCGCCAUUGCCGUCGCAGACGGAUGCGGCGGCCUCUCUAGACCUAGCCGGUCUCAAUUUAGGGCGUAACAGUCGCUUAGAGUUAGGCCCGAAUCGUACCGCGGAAUUGAAUCCCGCGGCCACGUCACGCAAUUAUUAUCAGUCGAUCAGUAGGACGCGAGAGAGGAGCCCAAACGCGUCCCGUCAGCUCGACAAGCAGAGUUAUUUUUUUCAUGGGCAUAAAACUGAGAAAGACGUAGAUCGCGAGGUCGUGAUGUUCGAGGAUGUUGAGGCAGACGGCUCGAGUUGCACGAGACGGAUGGACGACGCGGACGACGCCGCGGCAACUUCUGGCGGCUCGAUGAAUUGCUUCGGUAGCCCGGACAAAGAGAGGGGCUGCACCGAUUACGGUGACGGCGACAAGAAGUUGAAAUGUCCCGCAUCGGGUGGCACGCGACGGCUCAUUAUGGCCUAUGAGACACGCCGUGAUUCGGGAAAUGUGGAGUUCCUCGAGAAGGAGGGCGAAAUUUUCAAGAAAAGCAGCAGCGAGCUGUUGCAGGAGGCAACGGGAAGCAAGCGUAGAAACUUCUCUUUUCGCAACAAAGAAAAAACGCACAGGAGUCUGGAGUCGCUCGAGAGAAGCGUCGAUUUCCCUGCUGCGGAUUGCAAGAGCCUAGAUCUGCUGCCGGCGGAACGACCAAAAACGUUCUUUCAUAGUAAGCAGAGGAGCCUUGAUUCGUCACAGAAGUUGACGAAAAAAUCUGUCGAUUCGUAUAAGUCACGCAAGCGACCCAGCUUUUUGCAACGAGUUGGCAGGAGUCUGCAUCUUUUACCCAGGGAACGCGAGAAGCGCCAGGAUCUUUUGAAACGGGAGGAACAGCCGACUGACAGUCAAAUGUAUCCUCAAACCGACCAGGAGAAAUGCGAGUAUUUUUUACAAAGGCAUAAGAAAGACGUCGAUUUUUUUGAGCAAACGCCAAGCGCGCUGCCCGGUCGCGCUACUCCCGCCAAUCUCGGUUCCUUCGACGAAAUGGACAAUGGUGUUGCGCUCAACUCCACCGCAUCAUCUCGGGAUCAUUUCGGGAAUGUGCAGCUCGAGGAGAGUACGUUUCGUGUGACGGGAGAUCCGAAUAGCGUUUCCGAGAUGAACGUCGUUGACCAAAAUGUCGAAUCGUCGAUUCAGUCCGAUAGUAUCACCAAUGUCGAACUGAUACAAUUGCGUCUUUUGGAUCCCGUGGCGAGCAUUGCUACGCAGGAGACUAUGAGCGGCAAUAAGGAUAGUCUGGAGAUUGGAUAUUCCAUUAGUCAACUUGGCAGACUAUACUUACAGAAUCUGCAACAUGUGGGGCGUCCGGACGGUUUGCAAUCAUUGGAGAACACCAUCGACGCGGAGAAAUGUGAGCGCUACAUAGAGUGGAUUACCAGAAACGAUUUGGACGCUCUGAGUCAUGGCACAAAUUCCAGCGAUUCUCUGGCGCAUGGUAAACCGCAGGGCAAUCUGGACAUUCUUAAGGGUAUCCUCCUCGACAUUUUCGUCUGCAUUUGUUGAACACACGAAGAGAUUUUCUCGAAUGAUGGCCACAUUCUCCUACAUCACGUACCGAGUGAUCUCUGUUACAUGUUCUCGUUCGGCAACCUUACACCAAGAUUUCGAUGAUGAUGAUGAUGAUAAUAAUGGCUCCAGAAAUACGGUAUUUUUUACGAAAAUAGAGCGCAUAAUUUUUAUACUCGCACAUUUCUCACAAUAUACAUUUCGCGCGUAUUUUCCUACAAAUUUUACUACAUAUUUUCUUACGAAUUUUCCUACGGUAUUAUACAAUAACGUUUACAACGGGUCGUGUGUGUAUAUAUAUAUAUAUAUGUAUAUAUAUAUAUAUAAACAUAUAUUUUUUCUAUACCGUCGAAUACUCUUCACGCGAACUUGCCACAUUGAAAUCUUGGCCAUUCACAAACAAACAACACGCAAUAUCGCCUUAAGUCGCAAAUAAGAACGAAAUCAAUUAGGUCGGAUUGUAACCGCCGACGUAAAGGGCCAAUACGAUUUUUCUUAGCACGCAUAUAUAAUGUACGUGUAGGCAUAUGUUAGUUUUGAUAUUCUUGUAUAUCGCGGCCUCAGGAUCGAUGCGCUUAUUAAACCCUUUAGGAGCACGUCGCGCGAUUUCGAUGUCGCGUGCUCUUGCCGCGCGUGAUAACAGCAGACGAGAUUGGUGUUUUGUUUCGCCUUUAUUGUUUUAUCCACUAUGAUAGCGAUUUUGAUAAGCAAUCCACAUACCAAAUUGCAGUAAUUAACAUAUAUUAUGCAACCACGUGUGUAUAUAAAAUACAUUUAUUGGAUAGCUACAGGCGCAAACUGUAAUGACGAAAUAUGAUCAUGAAAACGAACGAGGAAGGAGAUAAGAACAUCUAUUUAUAUAUAUAUAUAUAUAUAUAUAUAUAUAUAUAUAUACUUGAUCUCUUUUAUAUAAGGGUCUUAAAAUUACUUUUUGAUUGUCAGGAUCAUGUGCACCGGAAAAAGGGUGUUUUUAUAUAGUUGAUUUAUUUUAUAGCAUUCGUUGUUGCACAUAACUUUUUUUCUUUUUUUUUGAUGAAUAUGUUACAAGCAGAUUUUAUUAGUAAAUGAUGUCUCUCUAUGUGUUUUAUUCUUUUCGAAUCAGGUACUCUCAGCUUUUACUAUCUGAUACAAUUAUUUGAAUUUUGGGAAGAUAGUAUAGUAAAGAACUGAAAGCGAAAAUAAUAACAUUAAGGAUACAUGGCUUUAACAAUUUCUCAUAAUUUAUUUAUUUCCAUUUUGGAGAUCUUUAAGAUUGUGUUUAGACUGACCGAAAGUUGAUAGACUGAUAACAUUUAUUGUAAAAUAUUUCGAAACUUGUUCGCAGCACCGUAGAUGUUCAUCUUUGUAUCGUAGUAUUUUAUUUCUUCGCUCUCUAAAUCAAUUUUAUCAUUCAACAGCAUCAAAACGCAGAAUAAUUGAUACGUGAAAUUAUCUUUCGCAUUCGUUCUAAUUGCAAAAAGAUGAUGAAAUCAUUUAUAUUUUGCAACAUAUCGUGCAAUCCCUAUACAAAUUGAAAUUCAUAAUCAUGUUAUCUGUCAUAGAAUCUACGAUGCUGUACGAUCAAGUAACAAAAUUUAUGCUAAUACAUUUUACAGUUCCUUUCA